AUGGCUCCAAAGAAUCAGGCUGCCUGGAUCCCCGCCAAAAAGGCACGGCCGUUCAAGGUCGGCGACGCGCCCUACACGCCCCCCGGCCCCGGCCAGGUGGUGGUCAGGAACACCGCCGUGGCCAUCAACCCGUUUGACUGGGUGCUGCAAUUUAUUGGGCCGGCGAUCGCCAGCUACAUCAAGUACCCCUUCAUCUUUGGCACCGAUGUGGCCGGCGAAGUGGUCGAGGUCGGCCCCGACGUGGAGCGGUUCAGGGUAGGCGACCGAGUCUUCGGAAGCGCCACUGCCAUAGCCAAGGAGGUCAACCGCCCGGCCGAGGGAGGCUUUCAGCUCUACACGGUCAUGCGACAGCACAUGCUGGCGCCGACUCCAGCCCACAUCACCGACGAACAGGCCUGUGUCCUGGGACUGGGCCUCUUGACAGCGGCGUGGGGUCUCUUCCACCCGGACUAUCUGGGCCUCGACAUGCCUCGGGUCCCAGCGCCCACGGACGUGGUGGGCAGGUCGGGCCUGCCGCGCACUGUUAUUAUCACUGGCGGCGCGUCAAGCGUGGGAAGCAACGCCGUGCAGCUGGCCGUGUCCGCCGGCUACCAAGUCCUAUCUACCUCGUCCCCAAAGAACUUCGACUACGUCAAGGGUCUCGGUGCAACCCAUGUCUUUGACUACAGGAGCAGAACGUUGGUCAAGGACCUCCUGACCGCUCUACGGGGCGACGAGCUGGUCGGUGCCCUCACGAUUGGGCGUGGGGCCGUCGAGGCAUGCACCGCUGUGAUGAGGCAUCAUGAUGUCCGCCUCACGCGGAAGCGCAUCGCCGUGGCUGGCGCCAUAAUACCUGCCGAUAAACUCACGACCUUUGCUGGCAAAGGCACGUACUUGAUGGGGAUAGUGGGGGGCAUGAUCAAGUCGAAUGCGAGGCGCCGUCGGACCGGGGUCGAAGCGAAAUUCAUCCUCCUUGAUGGCCUAGUUGACCCGGAGAGCGUCGUGGCUCGCAUCUACAGGGAGUUCCUGCCGCAAGCGCUUGAGCGGCGCCAGUUUGUGCCAGCACCUCCCACGCACAUCGUGGGCAAGGGACUGAACAAGAUUCAAGAUGCUCUGGAUCUCCAGAGGAUGGGUGUCUCGGGGAAGAAGCUUGUCGUGACGUUGUAG